UGUAGUGGCUGAAGGAAAGAGGAAGCCACGUUGACACAGAGCGUGGUACUUCAGUCGUCAAGCUGACUGUCUGUGGCCUCGGGACGUAACGGUCACCGCUUCAUCUUAGAGACUAAACUAACACCAGAGGAGAGGGCCAGUUAAGUCACAUUAUCAGACAGAAUGAGUGUCGGAUUUAUUGGAGCAGGCCAGUUGGCUCAUGCGCUGGUGAAAGGCUUUACAGCUGCAGGUGUGAUUGCUGCACACAGGAUUACAGCCAGCUCCCCAGACACAGACCUGCCGACUGUGUCAGGACUGAGGAAAAUGGGGGUGAACCUGACAACAAGCAACAAAGAGACCGUAAAUAAGAGCGAUGUGCUCUUCCUGGCCGUAAAACCCCACAUCAUCCCCUUCGUUCUGGAUGAGAUUGGGCCAGACAUCGAGGACCGCCAUCUCAUAGUGUCGUGUGCUGCAGGUGUGACCAUCAGCUCCAUUGAAAAGAAAUUACUACAUCACCGUGAAGCCCCUAAAGUCAUGAGAUGUAUGACAAAUACUCCUGUAGUGGUGAAGGAGGGAGCAACGGUGUACGCCACUGGGACACAUGCAGAGGUGGAAGAUGGCAAGUUACUGGAGCAGCUGAUGGCCAGUGUAGGAUAUUGCACUGAGGUGGAGGAGGACCUCAUUGAUGCCGUCACUGGGCUGAGUGGAAGUGGACCAGCCUAUGCGUUCACUGCAGUGGAUGCUCUUGCAGAUGGAGGAGUGAAAAUGGGUCUGCCCAGGAGACUGGCUGUCAGACUAGGAGCUCAGGCUCUGUUGGGAGCAGCUAAGAUGUUGCUGGAGUCGGAGCAGCACCCGGGCCAGCUGAAGGACCAUGUCUGCUCACCAGGGGGCGCCACCAUUCAUGCCCUGCAUGUCAUGGAGAGUGGUGGCUUCCGCAGCCUCCUGAUCAACGCAGUAGAGGCUUCUUGCAUCAGGACACGGGAACUGCAGUACCUGGCAGACCAGGAGCGCAUUUCUCCAGCAGCCAUCAAGAAAACCACACUGGACCAGGUUCUCCAGCAACCUGGAGUGACAGUCAGCGGAGAGACGAAUGGAAACAGUAGAUCGGGGAUCAGCCUGUUCAACAAUCGUGGUCCAGGGGUUAAGAAGAAAAACUGAGUUGACAGAUGAGCAGACACACAAACAUGUUACAGAUUCAAAUGUACACAUGUGAAAAUACACACGCUUUAUACCGUUCAGCCAUAAUAUCUGGAAAAAACAGGACUCAGGACUGAUCUCAUGUCAUUUUCAAAUUACUUUGCCAAAUAAUUUAUUCGUUCUCAAAUAACAAUGAGGACCUGAUGGUGUCACCUCCAGGUUACACACAUGCACAGGUGUAUUCUGGGUGCAUCGAUCACCGUUAUAGCCUUAUGGUGGAAUGCACAAUUGCUUUCUACAAGUACACAAAGCCAGAUACACAGUGACAAGCAAAAGUGCGUUGACAAAAUGUUAUCUGUCUGUUUGAGCUCUAGACUGUCUAGAGCUGUUACUUUAAUGACCCAGUGCGCCAUCAUGGGAUCCUGGUGAACACUAGGCAGCAGAUGGCUGCUGGGAACCAUCAAGCUGUUAAUGUAUGUCUUUAAGAGUUUUUUUUUUUCCUUCUAAACAACGUUAGUCAACGUUUACCCUUCUUUAGCCAACGGUAUUAUGCUGUUAACGACUAAAUAUGAAUAUAGCCAAUUUUUAAUAUCUUGAUUCUUAGUUUUUCUUAUAGUCAUAUAUGAACUCUACAAACAUUAUGGAUUAAAAAUACCUCCCUGUAUACAAUAUUUCGGGUUUAGCACAUUAAGAGCAAUGUGCCUUAAACCCAUAACUUGUUUUCUCACACAUAAAAGUCAUUCCAAGCUGUUGACAGUUUUCUUCAGAUCGCUCUCUCUCUGCACAUUUUGUUUCACACCACAAAGGCACUUUUUGUUUUUGUUUUCUUUUGUAAGGAAAUAUGAUGUCAUUAGUAGGGGUGUCACGAUCUCGAUUGCAAAUCUAAUAUCGACCGAAAUGACAACACAAUCUUGACCUUUCAAGGCAAAGGUGGAAUCAAGGAUUUAACGUCCUGCAGGUGUGCUGGGGGGGUGUUGUGGUUGUAGCCAUUGUUGCACGACUGCACGUCACCUCCUCCCACUAACCUGAAGCUGCUGCCAACUAAUAGUAACCAGGGAAACUGCUGAUUGACACACUGACCAAACACGGUGUUCAAGCUAUGUUAUGCACGUGUAGCAUACUCCAGGAUAUCUCAGCAGGAGUCAUAAGGACGUAGAUGUAACUGUGGGAAUGACUAAAUUCAGGUAACUAAAAAAAUGACAGACCCUUUUGUGCUAAAAGAGAGGGGGGAAAAAAGGUUGAGAAAUCAAUUCCAAUCUAGGAUUUGGAGAAUCGUGACACCCCUAGUCAUUACCUCAAAGUGCUGUAAGAAAGCUUCAAUCAUUUAAACUGCUCGCUGAACAAUACUUAAUCAUGGUAAGCGAAGCAUAACAUCUGCCACCAAUCCGUCCAAACUGUUUGUUUUUGUUUGGUUUAUAUUCUGUAUAGUUUUAUCCCCGCAUUGUAAUAGAUGUUAUCUAUGCUAAUGUUGAGCAUAUUGACCACUGAACUGGUAUACCAGUCAAAAAGACAAUAUUAAAGAAGCUGAAUCAAAA